AUGGUGGCUCUGCCCCUCUUGUACCCUGAGAUUUUUGAAAAGUUUAACAUGGAACCUCCAAAAGGCGUACUGUUCUACGGACCUCCUGGAACAGGAAAAACCCUAUGUGCAAGGGCUCUAGCGGCGAGCUGUGGGCCUGAACCAGAGUCCAGUAUUCCGAAAAACGACGACCCUACAUCCUCAAAACAAGAAGAUGCUUCGAGAGAUGCCAAUAUGGUACAGUCGCUCCCCGCUAAUACGACAAAGGUAGCUUCGCCAAAAGUGCCAAACGCGAACGGCGAUUUGGGCGAAACCAAGCGCGGCGACCCGAGUCCCGAUGUUGUCAUGAGUGAGGCACAAGUUGAUGGCAGCCAAGUUGUGGUGCCCAAUGGGCCGCUUGCCGGUGCUAACGAAUCCACGACGCAGGCUGCGGAAAAUUUAGUGCCAGAUUGCGGUGCUGGUAUUGCUGCAGAACACAAGGCGGUUGUUGUGGAAAGGGGAUCCGAAUUGCAGGGUAAGAUUGCCCAGCGGGUUCCUAUUGGCGAUGGUGCAGAGGCGGAAAAGGGUGAGCCAAACAUAAGCCCGACAAAUGCUGAAAACAGUAAGACACGGCCAAAGAAGAAGCCGCGUGUCGCCUUCUUCAUGCGAAACGGUGCUGAUUGCUUAAGCAAAUGGGUAGGUGAAGCAGAAAGGCAGCUAAGAAUGACAUUUGAAGCAGCGAAAAAGCACCAGCCCUCGAUUAUUUUUUUCGACGAAAUCGAUGGCCUUGCCCCGGUUCGCUCUAGUCGGCAGGAUCAGAUUCAUUCAUCGAUCGUGUCCACUUUGCUCGGCCUCAUGGAUGGUCUUGACGCGCGAGGAAAAGUUGUCGUCAUAGGGGCAACAAAUCGAGUCGAUGCAAUUGAUCCUGCCCUUCGACGCCCCGGUAGAUUCGACCGAGAAUUGAUAUUCACUUUGCCGAACGCCCGUGCAAGGAGAAAAAUUCUCGGUAUCCACACCUUGAAAUGGGUACCCCCUCCGAGCUCCGAAGUUCUUGAUACAGUCGCCAGCAUGACAGUAGGCUACUGUGGCGCCGAUUUGAAGGCCCUAUGUACAGAAGCUGCCAUUCGCGCACUGCGCAGACGAUACCCUCAGAUCUACUCGUCCAAAGAAAAACUUCUGAUAAACACCGACGAAGUCAAUGUCAAGACGCGGGACUUCAUGGCGGCGAUGAAGGAAAUUGUUCCUGCAAGUCACCGUAGCGCCAGGACGAAUGCGAGGCCCAUUGCAUCACGCCUUGGGGAAAUCCUCAACACACCAUUAGAGUCCUGCAUUGCUAUCCUUAAGUGCGUGUUUCCCCAGGGUCUGGAAUACUCCGAGUCCGCUCCGAAUCUAGAAGCUGGUCGGUCAGGGGAGACGGAUAAGCCUGACAAUGCUUCGCCGAAAAACCUCGAUGCUGACUCUAUGAGCUCCUCUUCUGAUGACGAGUAUGAUGACGCAGAAAUCGGCAAGGCACAAGAUGGCAUUGCCAACGCAGGGAAAAUGCGUCCUGUUGGAGGCAACGGGAAACAUAUGAACCUUCAGGUUCUCCGCCCUCGGCUUCUCAUUUGCGGUAUGAAGGGAUUGGGACAGACGCAGAUUGGUCCUGCUAUUCUGUAUCGCUUUGAGGGUUGCCCGGUCCAUGCCAUUGAUUAUCCAUCACUGCACUCAGAUGCGGGUGCUAGAUGUGCUGAGGAGGCGCUAGUAACGGCCUUUCGUGAAGCGAUGCGGUCUGUGCCUUCGAUUUUGUACCUUCCACAUCUUGACCUGUGGUGGGAAUCAGCAUCUCCAUCAUUGAGAACGACGCUUGUCAUAGCCUUAAGGGAUCUACCAUCUGACCUUCCCUUAUUGGUACUGGCCACCGCCGAUGCCCCCUUGAACGAGCUGGCGCCAGAGGUGACAGAACUGUUUGUCGAAACUGUGGAGUUGAGCGCACCUUCAGAGGCUUCCCGAAAACGUAUGUUUUCGCCGCUUUUGGAUGAGGCUCAGGCGAUACCACGGUUCUCUCGCGCAACAGCAAAACGUCUCCGAAAGAAGCGAAGGACCGAAGUGCUUCCGAUUGCACCUCCGCAAAGGCCGAAAAUUCCAACAGAAGUAGAAGUUAAUCGGAAGAGGCUUGAAGAAGACAAGUACAUUAGAAUAAUGCGAAUGGAAAUGCGAAAUUUUCUUGAUACCCUAAUACGUGACAAUCGGUUCAAGGCAUUUUGGUAUCCGGUUGACCCGGAUUCUGCCCCGGAUUAUUACGACAUUAUCAAGGUACCGAUGGAUAUUGCGAAAAUUGCAAGUCAAAAUGAUCUGGGAAGGUAUCCAACGGUGCUUGCUAUGGUCAAUGACUUUGAUAUCUUGGUGCGGAAUGCGAUUCAGUAUAAUCCGCCCAAUACAGAGAUGGGAGCUGCGAUUCUUCGGAGAGCUCAUGGCCUGAUUGACAUCGUGCACGCAUGGGUGGAUAACUUGCCGCCAGCUCUAGUGGAAACAUGCAACAAAAUUAUUGCAGAAAGAGUCUCCAGGAAACAGAGGGAAAUCACGGCGGCUCAAGCUGCGUUAACUGCUGAGACGGCGGCAGAGACGGCAGCUGAAAAGAAGUCAUCUGAUGAUGCAUCGCACGCGCCGAAGGAGAUAGACGCUGAUGACAAGGCAGAGCCGGAUACUGGCAAGCUAGAGCCAAAAGAAUUGAACAUUGAGGUCAAACAAUGCAUUUCAGAUUCGCAGAUGAACGGCAACGUCAUUGCUGAUGUAAUAGAAUCCGAGGGAGCAAAGACUUCAGAAGGGUCGCAAAAAACUCGAGCGGAAGACGAAGAAGGUGAAGUGGCAGUGGACGAGGUAGUAGUUGCGAGUCGUUCGGAGGUUAUGGCGCUCGGCAAACUUCUCCUGGAUGUCUCGUCCGGAGUGACUGUAGACGGUUUGGAGAGCUUAUUCGUGAGAUGCUCCAAGGUGUUACGUGAAAACAGACGGAAUAUGAACCGUGAUGAAGUUGUGAAGCAUUUGAUGCGGACGGCGACAGAGGCACGCGAUGACCCUGCAGUUGUGGGUACGUUGGUUGAGUGAGGACGUGGUGGUGGCCACGGACGAGGAAUUAUAUGUGGUUGAGGAAAGAAGGGUUUGGUGAGCUUUUUAUUUCAAAAAUUGUAUAAUCAGUUGGAAGGUGCGGUCGUGGCAGUUAGCAAUGUAUGUAGGGAUAGCGGCAGUUGAGAGGAGGUAAGGCGUGAGAAGGUGACGGGUUUUGACGCGGUGGUUUACAGACCGCAUGCCCCCGUGAGAGAAAAUGGCACAGCAAUGACAGUGACCACUGCAUGGACGCAGUAAUCAACCGCGACUCCAUCAUUGGAGUUUGCAACAACAUCAACAGAUCGCAAAGCAUUGUACAUAAAAAGCUUCGCAACAAAAACGUUUUGACGUUGAAGGCUGACAA